AAAGAGCUUGAAAAUCCGGAAUUUGAAGCAUACGAAUUGAAGAGCUAGGGUUUGCGUUGAAGAGGUACGAAUUGAAGAGGUCUGGUUUGCGUUAAAUAGACAAAAUUUUGGUCAAGAUCCAUCUCUACAUUUAGUUCAUAUUUGCUUUGAUAAAAAGGUUGCAAGACGAAUCUGGUCGUGAAUGGCUCAAAACAGUCACUCUUUCACUUCCUAUAGAAGAAUCUGUGAGUAUGGCGAAUGGCUCGAUGUGCCCUGUUGUAAAUGUGGGAAAGAGAUGAAGUUAGUGACAUCAUGGACUGAUAAGAAUCCCGGAAGAAGAUUAUGGACGUGUGGUGGAAAAGGUAAUCAUAAAUGCUUGUAUUGGGAAUGGCUCGACCCGCCAAUUUGUGAACGCGCCAAGAAGAUAAUUCCUGGGCUUCUAAAGAAUAGGAAUGCAAAUCAAGAGGAGAUAAAGCUCUUAAAAAGGAAGACAAUUGUUGCACCAUUUAUCUCUGGUUUUGUUGUAGCGCUCGUCAUCGUUUAUGUGGUUAAUGUUUUGUUUAUGUAAUGUGAUGAAAAAUGUGAAAGAACUUAAAGGAAAUUGUCCAGUUUGUGGUCCUACAAGUUACAAUAUAAUAGAAUAUGGCUA